AAAUGAAAUAUAGCCAAAAAAACAAAACGAAAAGAAACCCGAUCAACCAUCAGAUUGCUGAAGUUUUCCUGAGAAGCACAGACAGUAUCUGAACCCAGCCAGCCCUCCCCGAGUCGCCUCAGACGGCCCCCAGAAUUGGCCAGAUUGCAUAACAACAAAGCAAAUAUCAUAGAAUCAGAGGGAUGAAGGGAACGUUACAGGCCAUCAAACCCAAGCUGAUGUGACAGCCGGCUGCUUCCACUCCUGGCUUCCAAAGCAGACUGGUUUCUCUACUGCCUGUCUCUCACACCUUUAGCAUCUUCCCGGCAGGCAAAAAGAGGGAAGAGAAAAAAAGGUAAGUAGGACGGAUUGAUAAUAGGUUGGACAUUCCCUAGGUUAUGGGGUGUGGCAGCUCAGUAACAAGGUGUUUAUUUAGGGUGUGAUUCUGUUUGCAGUUCCUAUUUUAGUUUAGGGAAGCUUUUUAAUGUUUAAUAGAUUACAGUGGUACCUCGGGUUACAGCCGCUUCAGGUUACAGACUCUGCUAACCCAGAAAUAAUACCUCGGGUUAAGAACUUUGCUUCAGGAUGAGAACAGAAAUUGCGCUCGGGCGGUGCGGCGGCAGCGGGAGGCCUCAUUAGCUAAAGUGGUGCUUCAGGUUAAGAACAGUUUCAGGUUAAGAACGGACCUCCGGAACGAAUUAAGUUCUUAACCCGCGGUACCACUGUAUUGUAUUUUAAUAUUCUGUUGGAAGCAGCCCAGAGUGGCUGGGGAAACCCAGCUAGAUGGGCAGGGUAUAAAUAAUAAAAAUUAUUAUUAUUAUUAUUAUUAUUAUUAUUAUUAUUAUUACAGUGGUACCUCAGGUUAACUGUUCUCAACCUGAAGCACCACUUUAGCUAAUGGGGCCUCCUGCUGUUGCCACACCGCCGGAACAUGAUUUCUGUUCUCAUCCUGAAGCAAAGUUCUUAACCCGAGGUACUAUUUCUGGGUUAGUGGAGUCUGUAACCUGAAGCGCAUAUAACCUGAAGGGUAUGUAACCCGAGGUACCACUGUAUUAUUAUUAUUUUAGGGGAGGGCUGCAGCUUAGUGGUGGAGCACCUGGUUCACAUUGCGGAAGGUCCUGGGUUCAAAUCCCCGGCAUCUUCAGGUAGGGCUGGGUGAGACCCUGGAGAGCUGAAGUCAGUCAGUGUAUAAGACAAUACUGAGUUGGAUAGACCAAUGGUUGAACUCUGUUCCUAUGUACUUAGUAUUAUCAGAAUAACCGUCUAUUAGAUUUCUUACCUAUCCUUCACCGCAAGGUCCCAGGGGAGGUGAAAACAAUGCAAAAAUAUAAGAUUAAAAAAAUAUAAAAAUGCAAGAUUAAAAUCGGUUAAGACAGUUGGCAGUCAAAAGAAUAUACUGCAUUUCAGGGGGGGUGCAAAAGAAUCUUCCCUUGCAAGGCUGAUCUCUAUAAACACAGACUCAGGCUGUGUACACACAUUACACUUAACGCAUAUGGCUUUCCCCAAAGAAUGCUGGGAACUGUAGUUCACCCUCACAGAGCUAUAGUUCCCAGCAACCUUAACAAACUAGAUCCUUUGGGGUGAGUCAGUUGAGUCAGCUCGGAAGCAGAUCCUGCUGUGGUUCGAAGGACCUCCCCCCCAAAAUUAGCAAUGUUGAUAAAUACCAUAUUCAAAUUGCUACGAUCUUUUAAAAAUGGGUCUAACUGUAUUUUGAAUGUUGUACCACCGCAGUGACUGGAUGGGUGCUCACAUCAAGGAAUCCCCCCACCCCCAAAAAAGUUUUCCUGAAUACAACGGGUUUUUUAAACUUGAUUGUUGCUCAGUUUUAUUACUUUUGUACUUGAUCGAUUAAAGAUUAAAGUUGUGAAUUGCAGUGGACGUUCAGGUUGCGAAUGUGAUCCUUGUGGGAGGCACGUUUGCAACCCGCAGCGGCAUGUCUGCGCACGCACGGGUUGCAAUUCGGCGCAUCUGCGCAUGCACAAAGCAUGAUUUAGCGCUUCUGCGCAUGCGCGACCGCUGAAACCCGGAAGUAACCCAUUCCGGUACUUCCGGGUUUCGGCGGGUCCAUAACCCGAAAAAACGCAACCUGAAGUGUCUGUAACCCGAGGUAUGACUCUAUAUGAAUGCGCCAACCAAAACAACAAAUUUCCCCAUAAGCACAGCAUAGUAAGAGCCAUUUGACAGUGGAACAGACUGCCACAAGAAAUGGCGGACUCUCCUUCCUUGGAUGUUUCUAAGCAGAGGUUGGAUGGACAUCUGUUGUGUUUUAAACAAGCUGAGAUUCCUUCAUUGCAGAGGGUUGGACUAGAUGACCCUUGGGGUCCCUUCCGACUCUACAAUUCUAUGAUUUUGUAUCAGGUAAAAGGCAAGUCUACAAUAGUUCUCCCUGACAUCUACGCAGGAAGAUUUAUUUGCAAUAGUGCAUCUAGUCAUGUUAGUGAACACCUGCAGUUUGAAGAGCUACAAGACAGAAACAAGUUGAUCCCUGCGGUAAGAACUAGGCCUUGCCACCCGGAUAAAGUAAACAGUAAUGCUUGGAACAACCUCUUUGCCUAGUCAGCUGGAGCGAGUGCGAAUCACAGCCAAGUAAUCAAGCAAAGAGCCGAAUUACAGUUGGUAGAUUUUAGGUAAGAGAAGAAAGGUACAUGGGCAGGUGAGUGAAAAUAUGGUAGUAUUUGUGACAAGGCCCCUCACAGAGACACCUUUCAGAGAAAGAAUGUAAUCGUCCAGGAAGGUACCAAAAUUAUUUCAUAGCUGACACAUUUUAAGCUACUACAACAAGAGAAAAGCUCUUGUGGAGAUUUGCAUAUAGGCCUUUUCUGCACACACAAGUCAAACCAUGGUUUAGUGUGAAGACAGGAAAGAGAUUACAGAUGCUGCUACACUCAGGGAAGCUUACGACAGGCUUACCUGGCUUUUGUGUUACUGAAACCCAGGUUUGUGGUUUAGUUUUCUCCAGACUAACCACAACCUGUAAAACCCAGAACAAACCGGGAGCCCACAUGUUCACACUAAACCAUGGUUUGGCGUGGAGUGCUGUGGAAGCAAGCACACAAACCGAUUGCAACAUAUCCUAUUCUGUACAGAGCACAAAACACUGGUUGGUCUUUUAAGAUGUCACUGGAUUCUUGCAUUUUAUUUCAUAGCUGGGAACCCUAUCAUUUGCAGGUCUAUGUAGAUGGCAGGCCAUCAACUGUUGACAGAAAUCAAUUAUUUGUAUUUACAAAGGGGUACUUUGUUGAUAUAAUUGUCCUGCUUGACAAAACCUGAAGGAUUUGGGCCUAGCAUACUUUAAGGACCACCUCAGACCUUUUAUCCCAGCUCAGUCACUGAGAUCAGAGGCUUAAAUGGCCUUUGACUUUCAAGUGUCUCUUAAAAACCUUUUUAUGCCUUUGUAGCAGUUUAAUUUUUAUUUUUGAACAGCCAGUACACCCCUGUGCAUUUUUAUUUUUUAUUUUAAAUGGUGUUUUAGGGUUCAACACCAUACACUGCCUUGAUAACUCGUAUUUCUGGUGGUACAGAAAUACUUCGGCAAACAAAUAAAACUCUUCCCUUCGCACUGCUAAAUUAAUCUGAGAAUUGGCAGAUCCAAAAAUGUAAAUAACCAUCUUGAUACCCACUCACCAUUUUUGUGUGUAAUUUCAAAUUUCUUGAUAACUUAGGCGCCAAGGCAGGGCACCCAUCUAAGAUAUGUGCUCUGAAACACCCUGCCUAUAAUCGGCAAGGCAGGCAUUCAACAGGUGGAGCAUUCCAGGAACUUGGUUUGGGCCCUUUGCACACACACACACACCCACACACCCCGCUUCAGUGUAGAAAAAAACACACAGCAGGUCCCCACCCCCCAAAAAAAGAUAAAGUAAUAAAAGUAUCCCUUAAAAAAUUAGGACCAGUUAAAAACACACAGAAAGUUAAGACCACAAUAAAAUAGACUAAAGCUCGCACAGAUUUUCUAAGCGUAAUAAUGACCAUUGCUGGCUGCUCUUUUUCUUCCCUGCCUCCUACUGUCGUGGCUUAAACCGGUAGCGUAGCAGGCAGGAAUUCAACAGGCAAAGCCUCCCCCAAUAGGGGAGAAUGCAAAGGCGGGACCCCAGGCUGGGGAAGGCUUCCCCGGUUGGAUUCCUGCCUGCCAGGGUCCUCUCCUCUCCAGCCCAGCUUUGCAGAGGCGCCUGCUCCGCCUCCGCCCGCCUGCGACCCCCGCCGACCAUGGGGGAUCCCCGUACCUGAAGACAGGGCCCGCGCUGUACGGCAGAGCCCGGGCUUGCGCAGGAAGCGCGGGCUCGCUCGGCACAGCGCCGCCAUGCUGCUGUACGGCAGCCCAGCUUCCCCACGAGGACCCCGGCCUCGGAUCAGGGGCUGCCCGCGCGAGUGCCUGGCUGCCUGCUCGCGCCGCCUCAGACGCCCCGUCGCCGAGGGAGGAGGAGGAGCAGCCAGGCGGGCGGCGCGGAGAAGGGUCGCCUUAGGUGCCGGGUAGGUGAGACUCGCGGGGGAGGAGUCCGCGGUGGGAAGGGCCCGGCCCAAUGGGUGGGGCGGAGAGGGAGGGGCCAGCCACCUCUCCUCUUUCCUGGCAGAGGUUCAACUGGUAGAGCACGGCUUGGCAAAGGCAGGCAUUCAACAGGUGGAGCAUUCCAGGCACUUGGGUGGGACCCCUCUUCUCUACCCUGGCAAAGGUCCAACUGGUAGAGCAUGGCUUGGCAAAGGCAGGCAUUCAACAGGUGGAGCAUUCCAGGCACUUGGGUGGGACCCCCUUCUCUACCCUGGCACAGGUCGGUAGACUAGGGCUUGGCAAAACAGGUGGAGCAAUCGAGGCACUUGGUUUGGGGCUCUCUUCUCUACCCUAGCAGAGGUCCAACUGGUAAAGCAGUGCUUGGCAAAGGCAGGCAUUCAACAGGUAGAGCAUUCCAGGCACUUCAUUUGGAGCCCUCUUCCCUACUCUGGCAGAGGUCCAACUGGUAAAGCACAGCUUGGCAAUAGCAGGCAUUCAUUAGGUGGAGCAUUCCAGGCACUUGGGUGGGACCCCUCUUCUCUACCCUGGCAGAGGUCCAGCAGGUAAAGCAUAGCUUGGCAAGGAAGGCAUUCAACAGGUGCAGCAUUCCUUUGCGCAGAUAGUAGGUUGGGAAUGGCUGGAAGGUGGUUGUUUAUGUUUACGCUGCAUUGUUUGUGUGAUUCUGCUUACUAAGAUGGACUUGUUGCUGUUUAGUCAGAGCACAUCACAAGAGGAACAGGAAGGAAAUGAUGUCUGUGCAACCAAAGACAGGCAUAGGCAAACUCGGGCCUCCAGAUGUUUUGAGACUACAAUUCCCAUCAUCCCAGACUACUGGUGCUGCUAGCUAGGGAUGAUGGGAGUUGUAGUCCCAAAACAUCUGGAGGGCCAAGUUUGCCUAUGCCUGUCCAAAGAUGUUGAUGAACUGUAGCUCUAUGACUUUGUCAGAUCCCCCAUGCCUCCUUCCCAAAGCCCAGUGCCUCCUACCCAGCUUUAGGAAGGCAGCAUGAGGGCUGUGGGGACGUCAAAGGUUGCCAAGGGCCGCCAAAAAGGCUUUAAGGGCCACAUACAGCCCUCAGGCCAUGUGUUGGGCCGCCCUGAAUUCUAGACAAAGGUCCCAAGUUUCCCCCUCCUGAUAUAUGAACUGACAGAUAACCCAACCUAAGGGCAGUCACUCCUGUAUGGAAUAGUGCAUUUGAAAACAUGCUCUACCAAAAUGGAACCUCAAAUCAAAUCCUUGUAGGCUGCCUGGGUUAUUCCCAGCCUUCCCUUUUGCUGCAACUCGACACAAAAACCCUGCACAAACACUAUGCAAUAGAAAAAAAGGUAAAGGGUAAAGGGACCCCUGACCAUUAGGUCCAGUCGUGGCCAACUCUGGGGUUGCGGCGCUCAUCUCGUUUUAUUGGCCGAGGGAGCUGGUGUACAGCUUCCGGGUCAUGUGGCCAGCAUGACCAAGCCGCUUCUGGCAAACCAGAGCAGCGCACGGAAACGCCGUUUACCUUCCCGCCGGAGUGGUACCUAUUUAUCUACUUGCACUUUGACAGUGCUUUUGAACUGCUAGGUUGGCAGGAGCAGGGACCAAGCAACGGGAGCUCACCCUGUCGCGGGGAUUCGAACCACCAACCUUCUGAUCGGCAAGUCCUAGGCUCUGUGGUUAGACCACAGCGCUACCCGCAUCCUUAUAUCAAUAGAAAGAAAUAUCAUUAUCCCUACACCAUCCUCUGCCAUCGCUCUCUCUCCCGGUGCUGGAUUUUUGUAUAAGCUAAACAAGCUAUAGCUUAGGGCCCCACUCUCUUGGGGGCCCCCAAAAAAAUUUAAAGGGAAAAACACAACUGGAUGUACAUUUCCAAAAUAUAAUAUAAAAAACAAAUAAAAUAAAACCUGCAACAACAGCAACAGUGUUUUGUGUUAUGUGGGCUCCUAUGAUGGAAGUAAUGGGCCUCGCCUGCUAGCCUGCUCUCUAAAAUAUCACUGGUUUGCUCAUUUCUAUAUAUAGGGUGCCUAGGGUGAGUCUUUGUAAACUGUGUUUCUAAAGGAACUUUUGUUAUUGCCAAAUGCCAGUGUGUUUGCAUUAUUAAGUUUGUUAUGAAUAAAAAAUCAUUUUAAGUUAGAGCUUAAUAAUUAUUUCACCAUUAAUAUACUUCUUCUUAAUUGUAUUUCACUAUUAAUAUACUUCUCCGUAAUUGUAUUUCAGUUCAACAAUUACUUCAAUAAAAUACAUAUUUUGUUAUGUGCAAAUGGCUUUAGAUAAGUAUUAUGUCCAUAAAUUACCAUACAGCAUAUAUUCAACGCAAAAAAACAGGCACAGUUUGUUGUUGACAAAGGACAGCUGGACAUAAAGGGCCCCAUUACCUUCAGUAGCUAAGGGCCUCCUCAAACCUAAAUCCGGCCCUGCUCUCCCCCCUCUCUUUCCCCCCAAAUAUCUGUAACAAUAAAGUCCCACACCAAAUGUAAAUGAACUGUGAAAAAGACUUGAUUAAUUGAAAGUGGAGACGCUGUAUGUAGUUUUCCUUGUUUAUUUGUUUGCUUUGUAACGCAGAAAAUCUUUAAUAAAAAUUAAUUUCAAAACAGCACGAGUCUUUUCAUAUGAAAUUGUAUUUGCCAUGCAAGUAAUCACCUUGAAGACAGUUAUCUUGGAGGUAAUUACUCGCCUGGUACUGAUACGGCAAGUGCAAUUUUGUAUGAAAGAACUUCACCUCCACAGAGAGCGGAAUAAAUUCCUUCCAUCCUUUCAUGCCCAAGAGCAGUUCUUUGUUGGCCCAACUUCCUGUGCAUCAAGGUGACGUUAAAGACAUUAGAAGCUUUGUGGGCACAGACGGGAUUUAAUUUCACCUCUGGCUCCUGUUUUCAAUGCCAAUACCUGGCCAUAUAAACAUAUAAAAGGUUGAUAAUAAAGGAAGGGAAUUGUUGGUGUAACGUGAUCCAAAAACCUUAGUCUCUUCCAGCAUUGGUCUUUGCAUGUUGAAAGCCCAGCGGCUUUGCUUAGUCAUGGAUUCAUCACAUUGCUAUCUAUCGAAACAUUUGUUGAAGCAAUGUGUCAGCAUAGACGCCGUGUUGUGAAAUGUACACUGCGCACGUCUAAAAAAGAGAGGGGUGGAUCGUUUUGCUCCUUUGAUGGAAUUGUUGUUCCACUCCUUUGCAGAGUUAUGCAGACUUACCAGUUCAUAGAAUAUUAUUGUUGUAUUGCUGUUCAUUUAAUCUCUGUACCACUUCAUAUUUUUAAGGGGGGAAACAAUCUCAAAGCGGUUCACAGCCUGCAUUAAAACAGCAAACAAUACAAUCCAGAACAGAACAUUGCUGAAGAAAGUCAGAUAUAAAGUAUCCAUUUAAAGCAAUGUAAUUAACAGGAAAAGGGACGCGGGUGGUUAAACCACAAAGCCUAGGACUUGCCGAUCAGAAGGUCGGCAGUUCGAAUCCCCGCGACGGGGUGAGCUCCCAUUGCUCGGUCCGUGCUCCUGCCAACCUAGCAGUUCGAAAGCACGUCAAAGUGCAAGUAGAUAAAUAAGUACCGCUCCGGUGGGAAGGUAAAUGGCAUUUCCGUGCGCUGCUCUGGUUCGCCAGAAGCAGCUUAGUCAUGCUGGCCACAUGACCCAGAAGCUGUACGCCGGCUCCCUCAGCCAAGAAAGCGAGAUGAGCGCCGCAACCCCAGAGUCGGUUACGACUGGACCUAAUGGUCAGGGGUCUCUUUACCUUUAAUUAACAGGAAACUAAAAUAUUACCUGAAAUGUUUCAAAAUGAAACAUUACAAAAGAGGUCAAGUACAGAAUUCACAUUUAACGCAGCAAAGUUAAAAAUAUAUAUCUUAAAACAGCUCAAAAGAAAACAGGAUCAAAGCAGAGGAUGGCGGCAGGACUAUGUCCUCAAAUCAGGAGAGUCACGAAUAAGGGGCUGAUGGCUGUCUUACAGAGGCCUCUACCACUCACAUUGUUGUCAUAACGGCACUUUUGACCACUGGUCCAUGGGGCUGUUGUUUUGUGGCCAUCAGCCGCUUCUGCCAUAGUUGCAAGUGGGGCAGAAGUGAAAUUGUUAAUGCAGAUGUUGUUAUAGGAUCAGUUCUAGCACUAAUUUAAUUCUGGGUGUUUGGAUGCAUCCUAUGACCGUAUUUUUCGCUCCAUAAGAGACACUUUUUUCCUCCUAAAAAGUAAGAGGAAAUUUCUGUGCGUCUUAUGGAGUGAAUGCUUGGUCCCUGGAGCCGAGUUGCCCAGGGGCAAAAAGCAGAUUGUGCUUUUUUUUUUUUUUUUUAGAAAGAGGGAAGGGGGUGUUGAAACAAAGCCACUGAGCAGCUGAUCGGCAAGUGAUUGGGAGGGAGAUAAGGGACUCUAGCGAUAAAGGAGGCUGCCUGGGAGGGGGGAGGUAAAGACAGUGAACUUGCAAGGAGAGGAGACAGGAAUACUAAAACAAGCAAUGAGGAGAGAAAUUAGAAGAAAAGGAGGAGGAAAAAACUGCUCCAGGAAUGGUGCAAAAAUGUGGUUACAAAGCACGGAUCCAUAUGUAUUCUCAGGAUUUUUGCAUUGGGCUACCCCAAACUCACCGUCAAAUCACAUAUCAUGUCUGUGGCCACAGCAUGAACUACAAAAAUCUUACAUCCACUAUUUCAUUCAGAAUAUUUUUUUUCUUGUUUUCCUCCGCUAAAAACUAGGCAUGUCUUAUGGUCAGGUGUGUCUUAUGGAGCGAAAAUUGGGAUGCGGGUGGCACUGUGGAUUAAACCACAGAGCCUAGGACUAGCCGAUCAGAAGGUCAGCGGUUCAAAUCCCCGCGACGGGGUGAGUUCCCGUUGCUCAGUCCCUGCUCCUGCCAACCUAGCAGUUCGAAAGCACGUCAAAGUGCAAGUAGAUAAAUAGGUACCUCUCCGACGGGAAGGUAAACGGCGUUUCCAUGUGCUGCUCUGGUUUGCCAGAAGUGGCUUAGUCAUGCUGGCCACAUGACCCGGAAGCUGUACUCUGGCUCCCUAGGCCAGUGAAGCGAGAUGAGUGCCGCAACCCCAGAGUCGGCCAUGUCUGGACCUAAAUUGUCAGGGGUCCCUUUACCUUUAGCUUUAUGGAGCGAAAAAUACGGUAAUCCGGGAAAUUGUCCUAAGCCCUUGAUCCUACAGAUCUGGUGCUGAUGGGGAUGGCUCCUGUUUACUAAGACAUGUUUGCUGUUGGCAGAUUUAGCACAUCAGCAUUUCGGCUUCCCUAGAGAUGGUGCAAUAAUUACAUGCUGAGCAGAUGUGAACCUGCACAAAUGAUCCCCAGGAGGGGCAGUGAUGGGCCCAGGCUGAAUCCCUUCACUCUGAGAGGGAAGGGGUUUGUCUUGAAAGGCAAAGCCAAGCUUCGUAGGAUCCGGCUAAGCUUAGGCGUUGUCAGGUGGUUGCCCUGAAACUCGCAGGGAAUGCUCCUAAAUUAGCCGCCCAACGUUCCAGUAUUGAGCAAGGACAGCCUCCGUUUCCCAGUUCCGCUGUCCCCAUUUUGUGCUUUUGUGGACUGUUAGGUGAAAAAUGUAAUCUUCGACACCUCCCUCUCUAUGGAGGUGCAGAUUACAGCUAUAACAAAGGCGGCAUUUUUUCAUCUCCGCCAAGCUAAUCAGUUGGCUCCUUACCUUUCUCGCCCUGACCUAGCCACUGUGAUCCACAUGAUGGUCACCUCCAGACUUGAUUAUUGUAACUCACUCUAUGUGGGGCUGCCCUUGAGACUGACCCAGAAAAUCCAGCAGGUGCAGAAUGCCGCGGCGAGACUCCUUACAGGGUCCUUGCCGCAGGAUCACAUUCACCCGGUGCUAUACCAGCUGCACUGGCUCCCGGUGGACUAUAGGAUCAGGUUUAAGGUGCUGGUUUUAACCUAUAAAGCCCUAUACGGCCGAAGACCUUCGUACCUACAGGACUGCCUCUCCUGGUAUGUCCCACGGAGGAGCUUACGGUCUUCAAAUAAAAACAUCUUGGAGAUCCCGGGCCACAGGGAGGUUAGGCUGGCCUCAACCAGAGCCAGGACUUUUUCGGCCGUGGCCCCGAUCUGGUGGAAAGCUCUGUCACGAGAGACUAGGGCCCUGCGGGACUUGACAUCUUUCCGCAGGGCCUGCAAGACACAGCUGUUCCACCAGGCCUUUGGCCAGGGCACAGCCUGACCCCCUCCUUCUGUAAUCCUCAUAGAACUCUAGCCCAAUGAUUGCCAUUAAUUUGACUCUGAAUUGAUUUUAGAAUGAAUUGAUUACAGAAUAUUUCAAUUAAUUUAUUGUGAUUUUAUGUAAACUGUGUUAUUUUUAAUGUUGUUAGCCGCUCUGAGCCUGGCUUCGGCUGGGGAGGGCGGGAUAUAAAUAAAAUUAUUAUUAUUAUUAUUAUUAUUAUUAUAUUUGCAGACAUUUUUGUAACACAGAGUUGGUCUGCCAGUGGGCCUGGUGCCUGAAGCCAGUUCCCCAUACAGCAUGUCCUUGGGGAUCGUGCCAUUUUGCGGCUGUGACAAAGCCAGGGUGGUUGUUGCUGGGACAGGAGUGCAAACAUGCUGAGAAUGUGGGCUUGGAAGAGCACAUCUUUCUUUGAAACCUUGUCCUGGCAUGUGAUGCUCUGACAAUAAAACAAUGAACAGGGUGGUGGUACAGUGGAACCUCGGUUUUUGAGCAUCUCGGAAGCCGAACAGCCUCCGCUGCAUGUUUUUCUUUUUUCUUUUUUGCCGACCGCCCAUUUUUCCUCGGUUUUUGAAUGUUUCAGAAGUCAAAUGGUCUUCCAGAACAGAUUACGUUCAAAAACUGAGGUUCCACUGUACAAUGACUACUGCAACCGACGCAAGAUAAUAUCAUCAAGACAACUAUCUGUAAACAAACAAUAAAUGUCCACAAGUAUGGCAAAAGUAGUUUCUUUCCCAAAUACAGUGGUACCUCGGGUUACAGAUGCUUCAGGUUACAGACGUUUCAGGUUACGGAUUCCGCUAACCCAGAAAUAGUGCCUCGGGUUAAGAACUUUGCUUCAGGAUGAGAACAGAAAUCGCGCGACGGCAGCGGGAGGCCCCAUUAGCUAAAGUGGUGCUUCAGGUUAAGAACAGUUUCAGGUUAAGAACGGACCUCCAGAAUGAAUUAAGUUCUUAACCCAAGGUACCACUGUAGUUUUUUAUCUUAAACAAUUGCAAACACAGUAAAUAAAUAGUUCACUUGUAAUUUAUCAGUGGUUCAGUGUUCAUUUAUUCUCUUUUCAAAAUAGAUUUUAUCUUGAAUAGUUGCAAACGCAGUAAUAAAGAGUCCUUUUUUUAUAUACCAGUGGUUCAGUGCUUGGAUGUUGUUCCAGGAAUCAGACGUUUCGUUACUAAAGAGCUUAGCCAUCAAACUCUGUAGUAAAUAAUACAAAAGAGAAGACAGUAUGUAAAUGACUUAAAGCAGGGGCAUAUCUGUCCCCAUCUGCAUGUUUCCAUCGGGAGGAGCAUAGAAAGAGGACGAUGUCCUUCAGUUUGUUAAGCCUCUGAGGGGCCGAUGGGAGUUGUAGUUCAAAAGAUCAGGAGGGCACCAGGUUGGGAAAGGCUGGUAUGCAUUAAUUAUUAUUAUAAUAUAUUUAUUUAUACCCCGUUUUUCCCCCUCAUGGGACUCUAGGCGUCUUACAGACAAAAAUAAGAACCCCUAAAAACAGUCACUAAAAACAGAUAAGCCUGGAUAAGAUUAAAACUAUAUACUUCUAAAAAAUCUAUUAAAACCAUACCGAUAAUUACAGUAAAAACAGCACGGCCCCAUGCCAUGCAGAAGAAAUUGUAUAAAUGAGUUUUGCUUGCAUAAUUUAAUCAAGUUGCAGAAUCAAGCUGCUCUUAGAGCAGAAUGUGACUUUAAGAAUCGAGGCAGAAUGGGGAUGGUUUUAGCCAAAGUACAGGGAAUCAAAAGAUGUGAAAGUAAACGGGUGAAAUCUACAGGCUUAAUGUAGCAAAGGAUCAAGCGUGUGUCUUUAUGUCCUCCUUGCACCGAAUUCUUUUGUGACCUCAGUCACACAUCAGUCCCUCUUCCCCCUUUCCAAGCUUCUUUUCCUGUUGCUGGCAGAACGAAACACAUAUGUGGAAUAUAAAAACACAGCAAUGCUGAGAAAACGAAGCACAUGCCCCUGUGAUAGGAAUUUUAUGGUCUUAGAUAUAUGGUAAUGUUCAUAACUGCACAUACAUAGAUCAACACAGGAAGACCAACCUGGAACCAUUUUGAUUCCUAAACUGACCAAAUCCUUUCUCUGCAAGGUUAACCUGGAAAAGCCUCCCCAUUGUCUCUUUCCCCACAAAUCCUGUCUCAAGGAUAUGUCUGUUUGAAUAAGGUGUGAGCCUGUGACCUGGCCCAGGAAAUAAGUAUUUUACCACUACAAAAGAAUGGCCAGGCUCCCCAGGAAAUCCAAUCAAGUAACCUGCUAGACAGGAGAUAAACAACAACAGGAGAAAAACAAUAUUAAAAGUUCUGUGAUGUAGGUGGGAUGUAUCUGAGGGGUGGUGUUAGGUUACACCCCUUCUGUGAUGUAUGCAUAAUGUUUCUGGGGGUGGUCUUGAUCUAGAGGAUGGGAAUUUCAAAAGUCUUUAUAAGCCCUUGCACAGCAAUUUUGGGGGUCCUCUUCCUCUCCUGCGUGUGACGGGAGCACCCUGUUGCAACAGAUCAAUAAAGAUCAAGCUUACUAGCUGCUUUGCUUCUCAAUAUUCUCUGGUUGGCCUCUGUUGUUUUCUCCUACCAAUAGGGAACCUAUGUAAGGACUCUAUAUGGGCUCUUGGAUACCCCAUAAGGGAAAAGGGCAUAUUUUUUAUUUUACAACACCCCAAAGUGUGCAUGGGUGCCAAGUUGCCAAGGUUUCAGGCAGAGACUUUCUCCAGCCCCAACUCCUUUAGUGGGACCUUUUGCCUGCAAAGCACUUGCCAAAGCAAGCCAGAUGGUAUUCCCUAGGCAAGAGCACUUUCUUUCAGAGGAGUUCAGCUCAGGGGUGAAUUGGCUCCUUACCUGGGCUCUUGGCCAUGUCAGCUAUGUGUCAGUAACCAAGUAACAGGGGGCGUGUCACAAGAAAAUGCGCGCAUCCCGAGGUGCUUUCUGAGGUCAGCUUUAAGAAACAGCUCCUGCAAGCUGAGUGAGGUUUGGGAGCAGCAGGGAAGGAGGACGAGAAGGGAGGACGCUGCCCCUUUUAGAAGAAGCUCUUGCUCUCGGAAUCCCUAAGCUCUUGUCGUAAUGUGAUCAAUUGUGACCAAAGAGAAUACUGCAGCCUCCAAGAUCUCUGUAAGAUCCACAUCCCUCCAACACAGAGAAAGAUCACUGCAAACUGCCCCCAUCCUUGUCGGAAAGGUACCCGUUUAUAUUUUUCCUGUUUUUCUGCAGACCUCUAUCUUUGUUGCGUUUUAAUGCCAUGAUUUAAGGAGCCAGGAUGGAGGAGAAAUUUGAGGGACGGAGGGGAGCCUUCCUUGUCUCUCUUAAUUCCACUUUGCUUCUCGCUUGCACGAGCUUUCGUGAAGCUAAUCUGUGCGGGGAAAAGAACGUUUUAUUUUUAAUGCACCCAGUGUGGAACAGUGGCACUUCAAAGGGGUGAAACAAGAUAGCUUUGUGUUGUUGAUGUUGUUGUUUUAACUGAAAGCGUAAGGGCUGGAUAACUACCUGCAGUGGAGCCUAUAUUAUGUGUACAGAAAGGAUUUUGUUCAAGAAAUGACAGAACAGCAGAAGUGGGGGUUGGCUGAUACUUUAAAUAGAGUCGGCUGCCAAGUUAUGUUAACUCGUGGAUUGUGUUUCACCUUAAAGAGCUUCUGUUAUAAUCUUUCUCCCUCUCCCUUUCUCUGAAAUGGAAAAGCAGGCAAUCAAUUCGGGUUGCCACUUGUAUUCCCAACAGGGGAACCUGAUUUUGAAGAAAGUGGUUGUUUGUUUCCUUGCUUGUGAGAACAACUUUUCUAUCCCCCACCCCAACCCCUGAACCCAUUUUUAAAAGCUGAUUUCUUCAUUUCCAUGCUCCUGUCUGCCUCUGUGCUUGCUUACUGGGAAGUAGCAAUAACUAUACUAUCAAAAUUCAUUUGCCUGCCCAAAUGCUAUUGGUUUGUUUUUGGAAAACAGAUGGCUUGAUUUGCGCUGUAAACCUUCCAGACCCGCUUAGUGUUGGUGUUGAAUCGCUGAGGUGCAAAAAUGCUGCUUUUGUUCAGUGUGUUUUAUUUUAUUGCCGUCUUAUCGGGUGUUCCUUUUGCAAGUUUAUAAAUGCUAGUCUGACACGAGCAGUUGAUGCUGUCCGUUAUACCACUCCAUUGCCUGAAUGCCAGAACACCGCUGUCGUCUCUGGGGCCUGUAAGAUUUUUGUCGGUCCAGCUGCCGUCUGGCCUCAGACAACCUUCUGCUGGGAGCCGAGCUGUUAAACAAGAGCAGUAAGAAAAUAUUUACCUUUAGACCUCCCCUGCCCCCGCCACUGCAAAAAAGCAACACAGCAAAUGUCUGUAAAAUAGCUAUUCAGGGGAGAAAGCCACAUUUCUUAUGCAGCAACAGAUUUUGAGUGGUUGCUUAGCACCACCUUGCUGACUCCUGUCCAUACGUGGAAUUGUAAGAUUGCUGGGUUCUGCUGUUUCAGAAACCAUUUCUAAAGACAUUCCUUUUUGAGCCAUUUAAUUUAUCAAUAAGUUCAGAAACGGGGGCGCUGUAGCCAACUAAACUCUACUUGUCACAAACCCAUUGAAAUCAACGGACAUGACUAACUUAGGACCCCUAAUUUCAGCGGAUCUACUCUUGAGUGGCACUUAGCUAGAGAUAACGCCAAUUUGCCUAGAAUUCCAAAGCAAAUCCCCACUCCCACCCUCAGAUUCUGAAGAAGCGAAAAAAUCGAAAGGGAGUUUGCAAGUGAAGUGGUGUUUAUACGGUAAUUUGCGUAUCUGGUUCUGAGAUCCAGGCUGAGCGGCAGUUGAAUCUCAUUGAAGACUAGGGGAUAAGUCAGGUGGGCCUUGAUUUCAAUGGGAGCUAAGUUCAACCAGCUCAGGAUAUGAUAAUCUCCCUGGUUCCCUUGGCAGACACCCCUUAGUGGAAUUUAAUUUUUAAGUCAGCGCACCUAAGAUUGUGCUGAUGGUCUGGAUCCAACCCUCUGGCUGUCUCUUUCACGACUGUUUCAUUUUGAACUUCUUUGGUACGUCGGUGCCUAGCGGAAGGGAUGCGAUUAUGAAGAGACAGGGUGCUUUGAGCAUUCAGGUUACUUGAAUCCCCAUACUCAGACCCUAACAUUGCAUUUGUUCUCGGCCGUUGAAAUGCAUUUGUGAUGUUUAGGGUCAUUUGCUUUAGCUUAAAUAUAUUAUUCAUAAUUAUUAUUAAUAUUUGGUAGUUCCCUUUUUUUUUUUUUUUUUGCAAGAUGAACUCAAAGCAGCAUUAAAAGUGAGUAAAAGCAAGAGAGUUUUUAAAAGCCUAACAUGCUAAUAUGUACCAAAAAGCCGACCCACUAUUUAAAAAAGCAGGAAAUUAUGGUCCAGAAGCCCAGGUGGAUAUAGAUAUCUUUGCUUGGUGCCUAAAAACAGAUAGUGAUGGGACUAGGCAUGCUUCAUAGGGGAGAGCCUUCUGCAAAUGGGGAGCCACCACCAAGAAGGUCCGUUCUUGUGUUAGCAAGGCCCUGUGAAUACAUCUAGCACAGGGGUCAGCAACCUUUUUCAGCUGUGGGCCGGUCCACUGUCCCUCAGACCAUGUGGGGGGCCGGACUAUAUUUUGAAAAAAAAUAUAUGAACGAAUUCCUAUGCCCCACAAGUAACCCAGAGAUGCAUUUUAAAUAAAAGGACACAUUCUACUCAUGUAAAAACAUGCUGAUUCCUGGACCGUCCGCAGGCCGGAUUGAGGCGGCGAUUGGGCUGCAUCCGGCCCCCGGGCCUUAGGUUGCCUACCCCUGAUCUAGCAUAUUCCUAUAAACCCUAAUGCAGGAGACCUACUCUACGGCAACCCUGGUACGUAGGGUGGCCCUCUGGCCUGCACUUCCUGGUCGGUGGCAGCUAUCUACCCAUGUAGCACAAUUGCUGGCAGGAGUGAGACCCUGUCAUCAUUCAACAGCUCAGCUCAGAGAUUGCUGACUUACUUACUUACUUACUUAUUAACUUUAUAUACCGCCCUUCAACCGAGGACCACAGGGCGGUUGUCAGCCUUGUAAACAGCCUUGUUGCCAGCCCAAAGUUCAAGGUGCUACUAUUGGUGCAUAAAGCCCUCAACAGCCUGAGACCGGUUUGCCUGCAGGAUCACCUCGCCCCAUAUGUUCUCACUCAACCACUUCAAUCUGGGCUCUGUUACCUUCUCAUGCCGUACUUGCAAGAAAUCAAUCUUUUAGUAUGCUUUAGAACUCCCUGCCGGCUGACACUUUGUUGUACUGUCUGAAAACAUUUUGGUUUGGGCAAGCCUAUCCAUGUUUACAUAUACUGUUUUUUAUUGUUAAUUUUAAUUAUCUUUAAAUGUUUUUAUUUAUGAUUUUAAUAUUUCUUGCAUACCACACAGAGGUUUUAUUACAACCAAGCGGUAUAUAAACUUUGUUAAAUAAACAAAUCCGUAGAAACCUCUCGUGAGGAAGAGCUUGCCACCUUCCAAAGCAGUCUUGUUCUGCUGUUACAUCACCAGGAAGUACUUCUAAUAUUGAUUCAAAAUUUUGUCAUUUGAGCCCAUUUAUUCAGGGCUUAUCUUCUGGAACGAAAAAACACAUUUGCUCCAUCAUCUAUGUGAAUCACAGCUUUUUAGGUUUUUGAAGAUAGCUGUCACAUCGCCUCCCAACAAAACAAUCUCAACACAUUCAAUCUUUCUUUGUGAGAUGUGGUCUUCACUUUCUGAAACACGCUGUGUGGCCAAUUUUAGACAUCUUCAGAGAAGGGAAUAUUAACUUCCUUAAAAAAACAAAAAACAGUUCCUGCAGCUUCUAAAUAAGUGGGAUUUUUAAAAGCCAAAAAUGAAAUCGGAACACUAUGUUUUUGCUUUUUUAAUGUACUCAUUUCUGUUUUCAUUGUAAUGAAGUUUUAAAUUAUAAAAUUUGGUAAAUGGGCAAAGAAAACAAUUUAUGCCACAAUCCUAUCCCCAUGUGUACCUGGUUUAAUGAACUUCUGAGAUGACAUGAAUAAGUUGCACUGCUGGUUUCACAUUGACUAUGAUGAAGUUCUCCAUAUGGGGGGGGGGAAAUUGGUAUUUAAAAUCCAGGAUAUUGAAGAGAAAACUUAUUCCUCAUAGUUGCUGAAAUUUAGAGCAAAGUCGGUUUUCUUAGUUGGCAGAGAAAAAAAUAUUAAUUUUGUUUCAUGACCAAAGAAACCUUUUUUGAAGGUAAGAAUAUUCCUUAAUAUUCCCUAACAACCCAUCUCCUGUUUUAAUGGAAAUUGCCACAGCAACAUAAUCUUAACAGUGGAAUUGCUCGUGUGACACAUGCUGGGCACGUGCUGUAGGUAGAAUUAAAAUAUCCACUAGACAAACAGAACUCCAGCUGCUUCAGAUCCUUUAGCCAGGAAAAUGAGAGUGUAAGGGAUUUUACGCAUACCUGAGCACCACCCUCUCCUCUACAGAUUUUCUGUGAAUAUAUGUCUGGUGACCAUAUCUUCCGAAAAAUCAGUUUCACCAUCCACAAAAGCAUGAGGGCUCUGUUGUUAAGAGUGUCAGACUUGGGAGAACUAGUCUGAACCAGCCUGUGAAGCCUUUGGUUCAAUUUGGGCUAAUCAGUAUCACUUGGCCUUGAUCCAGUUCUAAAACUGAAAUACACAGCAUUAUACAUUGUAGAGCGCACUUCACAUUAUUGGUGCUGACCUUCAAAGCCCUAAAAGGCUUUGGCUCUGUAUACCUGAAGGAGCAUCUCUGUCCCCAUCAUUCAGCCUGGACACCGAGGUCCAGUUCCAAGGGCCUUCUGGCGGUUCCCUCACUGCGAGAAGUGAGGUUACAGGGAACCAGGCAGAGGGCCUUCUCGGUGGUGGCACCCGCCCUGUGGAAUGCCUUCCCAUCAGAUGUCAAGGAAUUAACAACUAUCUGACUUUUAGAAGACAUCGGAAGGCAGUCCUGUAUUGGGAAAUUUUUUAUUGUUUGAUGUUUUACUGUGGUUUUAUAGUUUUUUGGAAGCCACACAGAGUGGCUGGAGAACCCAGUCAGAUGGGCAGGGUGUAAAUAAAUAACAAUAAAUGCUCUGAGUUAAUCUGUGACAAGUGGCUUGUGUAGAUUCUCAGGCAAGGGGUAUCUAUAGCUUUAUUCAGGGAACAGCCACAUAGUUCAGGCUCACAGAAAAGUCUGGGAGAAACUUCAGUCUGAUUGUCGGUGUGGACAGUACUGUGCUGGGUGACUCAAAGAUCUGGUACUAAGGCAGCUUCUUGUGACUAAUGGAGGGAGAAGGUAGAUGUGAUGCAGAAGAUCUGUAAUAGGACCAUCUCGGCCCCCUUUUUUUGCCUUUCCAUCAACAAACUUUCCCUCUGUUUCAUCCUCUCCCCACCCCUUCACCCCGGUCCUUUAUCUCCCACAUCAAAUCUAUUUCAUCCCUUAUUUUUGUGUCAUAACAUUUGGUGGCCACCAAACAAACAAACAAAAAAUGCAUGAAAAAUUUACUUCUCAACAUCUUUUGAAACCCAUCAUGAUUAAUACUGAAUUGAUCACAAAAACAACCAUCACAGGUAAAUGAAUUUCUAGGACGAAGAACUGGGCCUGUUCUUUUGACUACAGUUUCUAGACUGCUGUACUUUUCGUCGUAUCAUUUCUGGACAGAGAGAGAGGGAGAGUUUUAAUUUGUACACGUCGGUUUUACAAUGGCCUUUGGCUAUAGCAACUUGCUGAAAGAGCUAAUUAAUUUUGCUUUGCCAUUUUGGAAAAUAAACCCACUGUGUAAUUGCAAAGUAUCAUUACACUCCGGUUAUUAGUGGUAACACCUCUGCAAUGAGAUCAGGACUGCUCUCCCCCAGGCACUGUGCCAUUAAAGUUUGCGUCGGCUACCAUCAGCACCACCAGGCUGAUGGAGAGCUCAUUUUUGUGGAAAAGUGGACUGGAUUUCCUAAGCACUCCUUUGGCCAGAGUGAGCUAAUAACAUCUAGAUUGAAUUGUAAACUCUUGUGUGUCUGAAUUCCGCUGCACAAACCUCAAAACCCUGUAAUAAACCUUGAGAAGCUAAUCAUGCCCCUGGAAGGAAUUUGAAAACUAAUGCUGCAACUGGAUGUAGUAUUGUUACCGUUCGGUCCUAGAGAUAAAUGAUCAGUGGCUUGAAAAAUACAGGGACAGGCAACAGGUAAAGGUAAAGGUAAAAGACCCCUGGACAGUUAAAUCCAGUUAAAGGGGACAAUGGGGUGUGGCGCUCAUCUCGCUUUCAGGCCAAGGGAGCCGGUGUUUGUUCACAGACAGCUUUCUGGGCCACAUGGCCAGCAGAACUAAACCGCUUCAGGCACAACGGGACACUGUGACGGAAACCAGAGCACACAGAAACGCCGUUUACCUUCCCGCCGCAGCGGUACCUAUUUAUCUACUUGCACUGGCGUGCUUUCAAACUGCUAGGUUGGCAGAAGCUGGGACAGAGAAACGGGAGCUCACCACCGUCACGGGGAUUCGAACUGCCGACCUUCCGAUCGGCAAGCCCAAGAGGCUCAGUGGUUUAGACCAUGGCUCCACCCGCUCCACAGGGACGGGCAAAGCUAUAUUGACACCUGAGGCAGAAAAUCUCAAGAGCAUUCCUAUUACAUACAGCCUGGGAUAGCCGACAUGUUGCCUUCCAGAUUAUCCCUGGAGAGCUCAGUUGUUUAGAGCAUGGUGCUGAUAAGUUUGCAGGUUCAAUCCCCGUAUGGGACAGCUGCAUAUUUCUGGAUUGCAGGGGCUUGGACUAGAUGAUCCUCCAACUUUACAAUUCUAUGAUUCUAUGGUGAUGAUGAUGGUGAUGAUUAAAAUUUGUAUACUGCCCUAUACCCACAGGUCUCAGGGCUGUUCACAAGAUAAAAUUACACUGCGAAAACAUAAAAAACAUCAUCAAAAUAGAACAAGAACAACCCAAUAACCCCCCCUCCCCAACACAUUAUAGAAGGGCAGAUGUUGUUGAACUCAGCUCCAGCCAACAUGGAGGGAACAUGGUGGGAACAUGAAGGGCAUUUUGUUCUCUAUCCCUUGUCUAUGCCAAUUUGCAGUGGCUCUUUGGAGUUUAUACACACACACACAUUUUUAUUAGUUUUUUAACAUAUCAUUUUCAACAGUAAUUAAACAUACUUUUACAUCUUAUUCAAUUUUUUUUACUUCCAUCAGUCCUGUCUGAAAAUUUUCCAAUCUAAUCUCUUAGUAUGCAUUUCUUAUUUUCCCUAUUACAUUUCAAACUCAUAACCAAUAUCUCUAUCUUUUUCUACUUUGUAACACUUCGUUUAUUCCUCUUUACAAAACUUCUUGUAGUCCUACUAAUGUAAUUUGUUGAUUAUAGCUGCUCUUCAAAUAAUUCAUAUACUUCUUCUUCAUAUACUUCUUCCAAUCUUCUGUAAAUCUCUGGUCCCGCAGGUUUCAAAUCCUUCCUGUCAUUUUGUCCAAUUCUGCAUAGUCCAUUAAUUUCGUCUGCCAUUCUUCUUUCAUCUUUCUUCUUUCUGCUUCCAUUUCUGGGCUAACAAUACUCUUGCCGCUGUUGUUGCAUGUAAGAACAGUUUGACAGCUUGUCUAUUAAUGUCUUGGCCUAUAAUACCGGCUCUUUGAGGUUUCAAACGGAAGCCUUUCCCAGCCCAAGCUGAAGGUUCAUGGACCGAACCUGUAUGUGAAAGUCUGUGCACCAAGCUACAACUCUUCCACACGCCAUAGACCCGUCGGGAAACGCCCCAUUUUAAUGGGGGUGGGUGCAAUAGAGAAAUGCCCUGUAUUGGGGACCCAUUGAGUCCAGCAUCCUGUUUGACCACCAGCAGAUCAGAUGGCUCCAGGAAGCCACGAGCAGAACUUGCUUGGCAAUAGUGCUCCCUUGCUGUUUGCCCCUUAGUAACCGGGCUGUCCUGUCCUGAGGACGUAGUUUUCCUGCCUUCUUCAGUCUCUGAGGAUGGACCCCUAGUGGGAUCCUCAUCCACUCCAUAGUGUGGAUGUUGGUGCCAACAGAAUUGUUCGAGGACCCUUUAGGCCAGCAAGUGUUGUAAACAAAAUCUGCCCUUUUCCCUUAUGGGGUAUCCAAGAGCCCAUAUAGAGUCCUUAUGUAGGUUCCAUAUUGGUAGGAGAAAAUAACAGAGGCCAACCAGAGAAUAUUGAGAAGCAAAGCAGCUAGUAAGCCUGAUCUUUAUUGAUCUGUUGCAACAGGGUGCUCCCCUCACCCGCAGGAGAGGAGGAGGAACCCAGAACAAUGGUGCGCAAGGCCUUAUGUAGACUUUUGAAAUUGCCACCCUGUAGAUCAAGACCACCCUCAGAAACAUCAUACAUACAUCACAGAAGGGGUGUAACCUAAGACCACCCCCCAGAUACAUCAUACCUACAUCACAGAAAAGGCGGUCUAAAACAGAAAUUUGAAUGUUGUUUUUCCUGUUUGCCAAGUUAUCUGAUUGCCUUUUCUGAUUGUCUUUCCUGAUAGUCUGUCACCCAUUAAAAUGCUGAUUACUCAAUUCCUGAGACAAGGGGAAGGCUCCCUGACCCCCACUCCCUCCUUGCAGGGAAAACAUUUGGUCAGUUUGGGAAUCAAAAUGGUUCUGGGUCGGUCUUCCUGUGCUGAUCUACGUACGUGCUUGGUUGGUACACUUAUGAACAUUACCAUAUAUCAAGACCUCAAAAUUCCUAUCACACAAGCCAACUGGUCAAAGAGGCUGGGCCAGCCUGUAUAAGACCCCGGAUGGCCUCAGCACAUGGCUGAGACAAUAUUGGGAACAUAAGGAGGUGCCUCUUCCCCAAGUCAGACCAUUGGGGUAUCCAGCUCACUAUUGCUGUACUGACUGGCAGCAGUAAAGUAGAAAGAAGGAGCAAAACACAGUCUCUUCGUCCAAGCCAACUGCUUCACGGGCAUAAUUCCAUUAUUCAGGACAUAAUUUUAAAUUCCCCACUGAGUUGUUGUGAGACAUGUUACCAGAAAUGGCAUGAUUAUGCCAGGUUUUCUGCGAGCUCCUGAAAUUAUCUGUGCGUUGUGAAUUUAGUUUUUGGCAAAGUAGAACAGUUUUACUGCGCCUUCAGGAGUUUUGAGGUGCACAUAUUGCACAUGUGUCCAUGCGCACACACACAUACCCCUUCUGUCCGGGGGACAAGGAGCAAAAAGAUUGUCAGCCUCUGCACACCAUGUUGGCUCCCUGCCAUUCCCAGAGGCUAAACGGAGACUGUUUCUAUGCAAGAGAAUAAAAGAGACAUUUUUUAUUUAAAAAAUUGUCACGCACAGAAACCAGCGGGGAAUAUUUUAGUCGUCCUGAACACUCUUUUAACUGACUUGAAAGUUGCCACUUCUCAACAACAAUAACUUUUCAAAAGAAAACUCCAGUGUGAAGCUGCCAAGUUUGAUUUUCAGACUUGAGUUCAGGCGAGCGGAAAGUAAUUAUCUUUUCCCAAUUCAUCACCAAUUGUUGGUGGGUCAAAUCCACUUGGGCUUAAUCUUCAACCCAGAUCUUAUUGUCCUCUGCUGGUGUGAGGAGCUGUGUCAGCCACAUGAUUAACCCUCCUGCAAUUAACUACAAUUGCUGUGAAACUUGCUGAAUGAUUAAUCAGCAAGAUGCACGAAUUGUCUAGGCUCUAGACUAGGAAUACCCAAUUCCAGUGUCCUCUUACAACCUCCACCCUGGGAAGGAGAUGGCUCCACACCUUAGGAGCCACUGUGGAGCCACUGUCACCUUGUCCCCCGUACCCCAUGGAGUUAGCUCUGCCACAAGACUCCUGUGAAUAAACCAGAUACCUUGAAAGAUCAAGAAACAUAUGAGCAGCUUCCCCCACAGCUUGAAAACCCACUGUCUAGAAGAAGCUAAUGACUGCAUUAAAAGAUGCUCAUCCUUUGCAUGGCCAGAUGUAGCACUUGGGGGAUGAAUUUUUAAUCUUGACUUUGAAUGUAAGAAGAGCCUGCUGGAUCAAGCCAAUGGCCCAUCUAGACCUUCAUCCUGUUCUCACAGUGGCUGCCCAAAUGCCUGUGCACAAGAGAACUCUCCCCAUCUGUGAUUUCCAGCAACUAGUACUGCUACCUUCGACUGCAGAGGCAGUUGUAUGGCCAUUGUAUGGCCCAGAAGAUAAAAAUUCUGGCAGUUGUUCCAAGCUGGGGCUGAAACAACUUGCAUCUUUGGCUCAGCUGCAGGGUUGCUAACCGUGGUGCUGAAUGUCAUGAACUUUGCAUCAACACCUCCGCGGCCUUAGUUCACAACCAACUCCAGAUCCCUUGGCCUGCUGGUCUCCCUCUUGCUUUGGCCAUCGCCUCUCGUCUGUGGUGGCAAUGGCAAUGGAUCAGGGAAGCUUUUAAUAUUUGAUGAAUCAUUGUAUUUUAAUAUUCUGGUGGAAGCCGCCCAGAGUGGCUGGGGAAACCCAGCCACAUGGGCAGGGAAUUAAUUAAUUAAUUAAUCAUCAUCAUCAUCAACAACAACAACCACCUGCAUAAACCCCGCUGGCAGCAAAAUGAUCCCUCGUUUUCUGCAUGUUGUGGAGCAACAGUUGCAACAGCAAGGUCCUUCCUCUGCCCCUGCUGUGUGCACCCUGGGGAUAAGGAAGGAAGGUGAAGGUGCUGGCUUGUUCUAGUUGUCUUUCGUGGCACCAGCUGCCAGUGCUUCAACCGAAACAACAACAAACAGAUUAAUCUGGCAGCACAAAACAGCAAGAGCGGUACACAGGGGAAAGAAAGCGAGCUGAACAGGAGCUGUAUCCAGUGCUACUCGUACUCAGCAUAGAUCCACUGAAAUUAAUGUAGGGUCAUUGAAUUGGGUCUGGCCGGAGUGAAACUUCGUUGGCUACAACCCCAUCUUGCUAACUCAUGAUGGCCGCGCUGUAUUGCUGGCAAACCCCACUGGGAUCAGAAGCAAUCCCAGUAGAGCACGUUGGAGGAGAAGGUCUGGUUUCGUGUAAGGCACACCCCUGUGUACAUAUGAAACAUCAGGCUGUGUGCUACAGGACAUUGUCACAUUUGUGCAUGUGGGAUGCACCCAGCUGUCUGGAGCACAAGGAGGGCAAAUGGUUGGUAGUUUUAUUAUUUAUUGACAAAGCAUACAUUUACGGUAGCACUUAAGGUGCACAGUGGCUAUAAAACAGAUCCGGUCGUCAUUGAACAUUCUGGGCGCUUCUUACACACACACACACACACACACACACACACACAGGAUCUCUUUGUGUGUGUAUUUGUGCAUCCUUCUACAUACCUUGGGGUUUCUGCAAACCUGCUACUGUUUCCCUCUUAUAUCUGGGUGCCAAUGCUUGGACUACACAAGCACUCACAACUCGAAAGCUGGAAACAGAAGGAAGUGUGGCAUCUUCUCUAUUUUGGCACUGAGAAGAAGCAAGAAAGGAAGCAAGGAGAAAAAAAGAACAAAUACGUAUCACAUGGUGAAAGCGCAGGAAGGGAAAAGGCCAUAGCUCAUUGGUAGGGCACCUGCUUAGCAUGCAGAAGGUCCCAGGUUCAAUCCCCAUCAUCUCCAGGUAGGGCUGGGAGAGUCCCUUGCCUGAAACCCUGGAGAACGGCUGCCUGUAGACUAUACUGAGCUAACAAUGUUUGAAACUCCCAUUGUCAUAGCUCAUUUUGCAACAAGGAAUUUCAUUAGUGUGAGCCGGUUCUGAGCUCUGGGUGCAGUACUGCGCUUAAGAUUUCAACUGGAAGGAAAGGAGGACCUUUUUCUGCCUCCCCGGUCCAACUAGUCUCUGAAGACUGGAGAAGAGACCCUCUUAAGAAUAUUAGGGGGGUGGGCAGGGGAAGGACUAGACCAUGCGAAAAAUGAACAUAGUAUUUCAGCUGCAGUUUAUUCAUUUUCAGCUUUGUAUUCUUAUAAAAAAGUGCACCUAGACACCCUGUUGUUGCUCCCAUAACCAAAGUUUGCGGUGCCAUUUAGCUCCUGUCUUUCAUAUCUCAGUUUCUAACACUGUGAGCUAGAUGCAUCGAUGGUCUGACUCCAUAGCUUCCUAUGUGGAAAUGGUGUUCUUCCACUUUUCAGUCCUGACCUUUUCCUCUCGCAAGGGCUGGUGCUCAGGUAGAGCGUCUGUCUUACAAGAAUAAGGUCCCAGGUCUGGUCCACAGCAUCUGCAGGUAGGGUUUGGAAUUGCUUCUGCCUGAAACCUUGAGCAAGUUGUUGCCAGUCUGUGUCGGCAACACUGAGUUAGAUGGCCGAGUGGGUCUGAUUUGGUGUAGGCAGCUUCUUCUGUACCUGUGGCCUCCUCCCCUUGUCUCAAGAUAAUUCUGAAUUACUUUGCAACCGUAUGAAGAGAUCCGGAUACACCUUGUGUCGUUCAAGGCUGCCUUGUGGAAGAACUCUGUUGGAAAUGCAUUAGACUUAGAGGUUCAUAUUUCUUAUAUUUUCCCCGAUCAGAAUUUGAACCUGAGCCUGGCCUGCUUUCGCUUACCACUCUGCUACGGUUGCGGUUUUCUACGAAUUGCUCCUGUGCACAAAAAGCAAAACAAAGCAAUAUAAAAGGGCAGUUUGAAGUUCCAGCCUAUGCAAGGCAAAGGAAAUGCAUGACAAAGUUUUGUGGAGGAGAAAAAGAGGCCGUUUGCAAGACUUUGAAAGGGAUAACGCUCCUCGCGCAGCCAAGAUAAGUAGAUGGGUGAACAAAGACCAACUGCACUGUGAGCGGAGGGGGUCUCCAUGGCAACGUAAUUAUUUUCUGACUUCAAUCUGCGUCCUGCAUAAUGAUAAGAAGUUUAAAGGGAGGAGGAGGGACAUCUCUCCCACUUGCUUCCCCAGCAAAACCGACUGGAGAGAGUAAGCUAUCAGGGCAGGUGUAGCCGCUGCCAGUCCUGUUUAAGCAAGAUGCCAGCCCUGUGCGGUGCCAGCAUUGGGGGAAGGACCAUACAGUAACUCCAUGGCAGAGCUUUGCGAGGAGGCAGUCCCUGGUUCCAAACUAGCAAAGCCAAUGAUAAUAUCCUGCGGCAGGGAGUUUUUCUUACGAACAGGCCCCCAGGCUUCUGUGAGCUCUUUUACGAUACGAUAAUCUUUAUUGUCAUUGUCCCAUACAGAACGACAAAAUUGAAAAAUCUACAUAAAACAUUCAAAACUACAAGCCUGCUAUCCCAGCUAUCCCAACCUGGUUGCCCCCCUAAAAACUCUGAUACCCCAUUUUUAAAUACAGUAUGCUCCCAUACACUGCGUUUGGGUACCCAAAAUCGCAUUUGGGUAGAAACUGUUUCAGGGUCUAUACGAGCAAUCUCUACCUGCGGGAUAAUCUCACUCUGCCAGUUAAGUAAAAAAACCCAACAAGGUCUCCAUUGGCCACCUUCAGGUCUUAAAAUUGAACGUGGUGGUGGUGUCCCCAAUUUCUCUGGUCCUCUGGUUUUACCUGUACAGUGGACCCUCCGGAUACGAACUUAAUUUCUUCUGGGGGUCCAUUUGCACCCCGAAAAUUACGUAAAAAGAGGCAUGCUUCUGCGCACACACGUGGCGUGAUUGAGUGUUUCUGCACAUGCAUGCGCGGCGAAACCCAGAAGUAUACACUUCUGGGUUUGCCGUGGCCAUAACCCGAAGAUUCCAUAUCCAGAGGGAUCCGUAAGUAGAGGUAUAAUAAUAAUAAUUUAUUAUUUAUACCCCACCCAUUUGGCUGGGCUUUCCCAGCCACUCUGGGCGGCUUCCAAUUUUUUUUUUUAAAUACUGUACUACAUCAAACAUUAAAAACUUCCCUAAACAGGGCUGCCUUCAGAUGUCUUCUAAAAGUCUGGUAGUUGUUGUUCUCUUUGACAUCUGGUGGGAGGGCGUUUCACAGGGAGGGCGCCACUACCGAAAAGGCCCUCUGCCUGGUUCCCUGUAACUUGGCUUCUCACAGUGAGGGAACCGCCAGAAGGCCCUCGGUGCUGGACCUCAGUGUCCAGGCAGAAUGAGGGGGUGGAGACGUUCCUUCAGGUACGACUGUAUGUCUCUUGGAUUCAUCACUGAGCAUUGAAUCCUGUCCGAAUGUCAGGCACUUACCUCUAGGUCUUCAGCCAUCAACCACUCAGUGUCAGGGGACUGAGGAGGAAUGGUGGAGACCCCCCCUUCUCCUACACUUCCCAGAGAAGAAACAGACAGCAUAGAUUUAGAACAGUGGUUUGCCGAAGGGCACAGUUCAGAGGCUGCAGAGGGGAGAAGCUGGGAAAUAUUGGGAGAAGAGCAGCAGGAAGAAGAACCAAGGGAGAGACAGCUGACAGUGUCUUUAGAAAGCAUUCCUGACCCCCCCUCUCCCAGGACCAGGUGAGCAUUGAGAGUAGUAGAACAGAAAGCUCAGAGGCAGAAAGCUCAGCUUAGCCAUCGCAGGGAUGACGUAGAAUUAGGAGAUAUGGCGCGGAUGCGACUUAUUCAGAACACCACCAUUAUUUAGCGGAGAUUGUCUCUCUGUGUGAAUACUGAAUAAAUAAUCGGUAAGAACUCUUCUUAUUUUAUCUGCUCCUUGGCUGCCACUGUGGGAGGGAUAGGAUUCACUGAAGCCUGACACUCAGGUAGCAAAGGUGCAAUUUUCGUCCUCCAAAGUUUUACAGCUUUGCUGCCAAGUCGGCAUGCAGCUCAGCAAUUUGUGCAGAGACCAUGUUCAUCGCUUCUACUGCCGUUACAGUGGCAUCAUUUGGUAACACCUUUCCGCCGUUUUUGCAGCCUGUGUCCGAUCGUUCACCUGAGAUUAUGACUCGCCUGUUAGCUUAGGUAGUGAAAUUGUGGUCCUUCCUCGCUGGUGCACCACGAAUCAUGUCACAUCUAAGCAGAUGUAAAAUUGUGCAUUCCGAUUGUGGAAUGUUUUCCCUAUAGAGACUUGCUUGGCGCCAUCCUUACAUGUCUUUAGACACCAUGCAAAAAACAUUCUUCUUAACCCAGGCUUAUGGCUGUUAAAUAAUCUAUGGCCUGUGAAAGUGUGGGGGGAGGACUGAUAUUAUUAUGAUUAUUUUACUAUUAGGCUGUCAGUCAGUAUGCUUUUUACCAUGUCUUUAUUACAUUUUUAACAUUGAUGUUUUGUAAUGUCCUCCUAACGUUGCACACCACCCUGGGAUCUUUUGUUUUUUGUUUUUAUGAAAUCAUUUUUAUUGGAUUUUACAAAUAUAGAAUUAUAACAAUCCAAAUACUCUGAAUCUCAAGACUUCCCCCCACCCCCUUCGUGGGUCCUAUUGUCAGCAUUCACAACCGCAUAUUAUUCUGUUCUAUAUUUUAUAUCAAUCCAUAUUGUCCAUAGUAUUUGUUACAUUACAAGUGAGAUUAAAAUCCUGCUAAUGUUUUCAUCUGCUUGCAAUGGUCUCUUAAAUAGAUUUAAAAUUUUUCCACCCUGGAAUCUUUUGAUAAAGGGUGGUAUAUAAAUUGAAUAGAUGAGGAUGAUGAUUAUUAUCAUCAUCAUCAUCAUCAUCAUAAAGGCCUUUUCUGAGUAUGGGAAUGGGAAACCAAAAGUGGUAAAUUCGACCAUACCUGGUAGGAUUGCUCUGUAAAAUAGCUAAAAUAGGCACACAUAGAAUCUUGGCUUAGGUUUCAUGGAACAGGCAAAGGCAAACUCGGCCCUCCAGCUGUUUUGGGACUACAAUUCCCAUCAUCCCUGACCAGUGGUCCUGUUAGCUAAGGAUGAUGGGAGUUGUAGUCCCAAAACAGUUGGAGAGCCGAGUUUGCCUAUGCCUGUCAUAGAAGCAGUAGGCUCAGUCUCAUUAGAUGACUAGCUAGUUACAAAACCUUGCCUAUGAUAGAGUGGACCUUUCAUGCCUGGGUUCACUUCUCUUUGUCUUCGAUAGCUGGACUGUACUAGAGGCUCUCCUCCUGAACUUUCUUUCAAUAAGAAAAGGUAAGGGAAUGCUAGCCGUUUCAGAAUCAUCCUUUUUUGGAGGGCUUGCAGAAUAACAACAGCAACCACCUGUGUCACAAACCAGAUUGGAUGAAAACUCGUAUCGGAGUGCUCUGUAAAUUGAUAGCCAUAGUUUUUAAUAUACUAACCCUUUAUGCUCUUCCACACCCGUUUAAUUAGAUUCUUAUAGACUUUUAUAUAUACAUUAUGUUUCAAUACUUUUUAGCUUUCCAAAAUGUUUUACAGUUUUUAAAUGAUUGUACCCCAUCCUACUUAUCCUGGUCUACGACCGUAAUAAAGAUUUGAAUUUGAAUUCAACAACAACAAUAAUAAUAAACUUGGGUGGGGACAAAAGUGGUGGUUUGCGCCUCUUUGCCUUAGCAGCUUUGCUGAGACCUUUUAAAAAUGUUUAGUAUUUUUUAAUCUGUGUUUUCAUGAUAACAUUUUGUAUAGUUGGUUUUAAUGCGUCUUGUGGAUUUUAGCUGUGGUUUUAUCUGCGGUUUUAUGAUGUACCUUGCCUGGAGAGCUCAUUGACUGAUGUAUUAAUCUUUCAAUAAAAUAAAUGUUCCAUCUUAAAAAAAAAAAUAUUAUACCAAGUUUAGCGCACCAGCUCACAUUAACGAGGCCAGGGGCCGUCAAUACACCCGUCUCAGCUUAAACAUACAAGCUGAAAUACGCCCGCCACCUUGAGACAUAUCCACAUGAAAUAGACAUUUAUAAUGCAAGGGUAAUAAGGUCCUCGGACCAUUGCCUGGUUGUAGAUUGUGGGGGAUUAUCUUUCCAGUGCAAGUCACAUGGUGAUCAUAAGUGUUUGCAGGAACUGUCGACCCCGAUUAGCUCAGUUUCUUACUCUGGUCUUAAAUUCAGUUAUCUGCAUUUUGCAGCAAUUGUCGUUUUUUUUAAAAAAAACAAACCAACAAACGUCAUCAUGAAAAUUCAUCAGCACUUUCUCCUAAUAGACACCUUUUUAUAUGCAGUUUCCCUAGUAUGCAUUUUUUGUAUGUCGUUUUCACUAAUAUCCUCAUUUUUAUGCAUACCUUAAUAUAUGUAUCUUUUGCGAUCAUUGUUUAGUCAGCACUGCAAAAUUCAGAUGAGUGCAAAUUUUGAAGGAUGCAAUGUUUUGGUUCACAUGUUGUUUCGGAGAGCGCACAUGUGAUAAAUCCAGCUUUCAAUGUGUUCUGAAAUGGAUUUCUUCCCCAUCCCUAACUGCUUGCCUACCUAUGUCUUUCUUGUUUCCAGAUGCUGGAAGGAUGGAUAUUGACCAUCCUGGUAUCUGUCGGUGUCGGCUCCCUCCUGUUUAUGGUGGCGCUGGUGAUCCUCCUCAGAAACAACAUCCAUGCUACUAUGUUCUGGAAUGAAAUCGUGCUAGAGAAAAUCACCAACUUUGUCAUGGAUCAGAGCAAAGAGCAGCGGAUCUUGAACUCUGUGUCCUACAAUGCCGUCAAAGGGGAUCCCGAGAGCGUCUUGGACUGCAUCGACAACUACUGCUCCCAGAAAGAGUGGGCCAUGAACGUGGGCGAUGAGAAAGGUAAACGGGUGUCGUGGACGAGUUGGAUGCAGAGGAAGGGUGGGAGGAACCAGCUGGGGAACCCCCAAAGGAAGGAGGCUCGGAGCCCGGGGAGUGGUGGUGGGGUGACAAUGAGUGGUCAAUGGGAGAAGACUGGGAAUAGGUGGUGUCCAAGGACGAAGAGGUAACAGGGCUUAGUGAGCUGGGAUGCAGAGUCUGUGGUGCAGAGUCACAAGUGUCUCUCCCUCCUGCUGCGGUGCAAGCUCCCUUCUCCCUGGUCUCCCAGCGGUGUGAAAAGAGUGGAGGAGAGGUUGGCUUCAUGCAGACACAGUCUCUGAUUGCUUGGGAGAAGCCCUGGAGAGGAGGGCUGUGGGGAGAUGGAGACUUUCAGUCUUGGCAACUGAUGCGUAAGACCUCCCAGAGAUGAGCUGCUGUGCUCCUUAGUCCUGACACUCAGCCAAGGGAUGAUUGUGCUUAAAAAGAGUCAACUCCAACUUUGAGCAGUGUGAUCUGCUGUCGGUUCGCUCUUUGACAAUGGGCUGGAGCUUCUUUAAAGUUGGUCUUUGGUCACCACCAAGAGAUGUGGAGAUGGCUUCUCUUUAGAAUAUAAUGAAAGCCUUGCUGGAUCAGGCCAAGGGCCUGUCUAGUCCAGCAUCAAUAGCCAUCCAGAGUCUCAUGGGAAGGAGCCAGCAGAACAACACUAAUAAUAAUAAUAAUAAUAAUAAUAAUAAAAUUUAUUUAUACCCCGCCCUCCCCAGCCAAGGCCGGGCUCAGGGCGGGUAACAACCAAUAAUAAAAACAAGUUGAUUAAAAUACAAUUUAAAAAACAAGAUUAAAAUACAACAUUAAAACAUUAGGAUGCAGCCUCUUCACAGGAGGAGAAAGGAAAAAGAAAGAGGGGGAGGGAAUCAAACUGAUUCUAAGCCAAAGGCCAGGUGGAACAACUCUGUCUUACAGGCUCUGCGGAAAGAAAUCAGAUCCCGCAGGGCCCUGGCCUCAUGAGACAGAGCGUUCCACCAGGCUGGAGCCAGUGUUGAGAAGGCCCUGGCUCUGGUUGAGGCUAAUCUAACUUCCUUAGGGCCCGGGACCACUAGGGUGUUGCUGUUUAUGGACCUUAAGGUCCUCCGUGGGGCAUACCAGGAGAGGCGUACCAUAGAGAGACUAGCCUUCCUUGUGAUUCCCAGCAACUGGCCUUCAGAGGCAUUCUGCUUCCGCCAGUGGAGGCAGCCUGCCUCCGGACAGCCUUGCAUUUAACAACGUGCCUGGUAGCCACAGCCGGCCAGGAAUUCCAUUCAGGCACAUCCUUACAAUUCCAUGUUGGCCAUUGAGAAACCUGGUGGAGAAAAGACCAAUCUCUUCAUUUUCCCAUUGGCAGCCUGCUGCAUUUUGGUGCUGGUGGGACGCGGGUGGCGCUGUGGUCUAAACCACAGAGCCUAGGACUUGCCGAUCAGAAGGUCGGCGGUUCGAAUCCCCGCAACGGGGUGAGCUCCCAUUGCUCAGUCCCUGCUCCUGCCAACCUAGCAGUUCGAAUGCACGUCAAAGUGCAAGUAGAUAAAUAGGUACCCCUCUGGCGGGAAGGUAAACGGUGUUUCCGUAAGCUGCUCUGGUUCGCCAGAAGCGGCUUAGUCAUGCUGGCCACAUGACCCGGAAGCUGUAUGCCGGCUCGCUCGGCCAAUAAAACGAGAUGAGCGCCGCAACCCCAGAGUUGUCCGCGACUGGACCUAACGGUCAGGGGUCCUUUUACCAUUUACAGGGGAAGGGGAGCCCCAGUUCAUUUUGAGUACAUAGCAGUGCCCCUGGGCAUGGAUAAAAGAAGCUGGUGAUGCAGGGGAUGAAGGAAUGCAGUGUAUAUUUAUGUGAAUGGAUGGGGUUUUUGUUAAUGAAUGGGACUGAUAGGGGAUAUGAAUGGAGGGUGUUGUUGUGAUGGGAAAGACAGAGAGAGGGGAGGAGUGACUUUGGCCCUACCUACCAACUGCAUGCAUCCCUAAAUAGCCCUUUCAAGAGGUGAGGAUACAUGUCAGGAUUUGGCUCAUGGCAAGGAAAAUAUUCUCCCUCUCAGUACCCAGAACAGUUCUGUAUUACCUGCCUUGCCUCCUGGUAAGAUGUGCACAAUUCAGUCUCGAGCUAUGGUCAUCGCAGAUUGAAAAUUUCAAUCAGAAUGUAACCUAAAAAUUUUAGGAUAUGGCAUUUCUGUUCUAAACAUCAACAAGUCAAACUCAGACAAAUGAAACAGAUAUAACAACCGACAACAAAAACUCCAAUGCAUUCUGUUCUUAAACAAUAUUAAACACUUGUUAAUAAAACCUAAAGUUGUACAUUGUCCUGUCCGUUUCUCAUCCCAGUGCCUCCAUUUUCAAACAGAAGCACUGCCUAUUUCCCCCCUCUCUCAGUCUCUCACUGUCUUAGUCAGUUUCACUGGGUAUACCAUGUCCCAAAUUCUCAAUAGCUAUUCAGUGGUAAAUCUAUACAUAUGAUCUUGCUCCCAGGUACCCUGUCUCAGACACCUCUACUGUAAUUUAGAAAAAAGAAAAAAAUGCAGUUUUUUGGGCUCUUCUGUCAACUAAUCAGGUCUCCAGGCCUAUUAAUCGAGCCCUGCUAAAGUCAACACCCUCCUUUUCCAGGUGUGAUCCUAGAUAAGGUCGUCGAAGAGGCGGAUCCUACCAUCGCUUUGGAAUUUGGAACGUACGUAGGCUACUCAGCCAUCAGGAUCGCUCGCCUUUUGAAACCAAACGCCCGUCUUCUUACCAUCGAAUUCAACCCCGAGUUUGCCUCCAUUGCCAGAGAGAUCAUCGAAAUUGCUGGACUCAGCGAGAAGGUACUAUCCGGCACACAGAUCUCCGAAAUGUUUGUCAGUAUCAAAUGGAUGGUGGUCGCGGCUCUCUGAGAGAGUCGUCGUUUUUAAUUCCGUUGAACUGUGGAGUUGGGAGGGGGACCAUCAAAGAUCAUCUGGUCCAAGUCCUUCCCAACGCUCCCACAGCAUCCCUGAUAGGUGGCAACGCUCUGGGGCAUUGUGGGAAAUUUAGAUGGCAGACCUCCACACCAGCUGUGCUGCUGGAAAUUAAAAUGUCAGGCCCAGUGCUCAUUGGAUUGGAAAUCAGGGCAUCUGUCCAUCAGUCCUGGUAGCCCUGCCUAAGGAUGUGGGUGGAUGCCAGGCCAGAAUGAGGUAGGAAAGGGAAGAUGCAAACUAUACAUUUGAAACAUAUCCGACACACAUUUAAAGCACGAUUUCUGCACUAUGGUUACCAGAUUUUUUUUCAAUGAAUCUGGGGACACUUUUUUUUGGUGUGAAGCUGAGUAGCAACAGGGAGUCAGUAGUGGGGAUGUUGAGGCAAAAGAUCCUGGUCCCAAGCACACAUGCAUAUUGUAUAAAGGUGCAAAGCCCUUCUUUCACACCCUGUGAAACAUAAAUGCCCAGAGUUUUUUUAAAAACUGGGCAACGGCACACCACCCACCCGUGACUCCCGAGCCCUCCCUGAUCUCCUUCCUCCUUCCCCCUUUUUUUGACAGAUCAGGGGAGGCUCGGGAGUCACGGGCAGGUGGCCGUUGCCCAGGAGAGGCCAGCCUAGUAGUGCAGUUGGCUCUGGCUGGCUUCAGGAGCUGCUCGCUGCUUUGGUGCAGGAAAUAUGGCAGGUGCCACGGCAGUGAGCAGCUCCUGAAGCCAGCCAGAGCCAACUGCACUACCAGGCUGGUUCCGGGAUGCUGAGGCUGCCACAUUUCCCGAGGACAGAUUUGCAAAUCUGGGGACAUUCUGGGGACAGAAUUUGUCUGGGGACAGAUUUGCAAAUCUCCAGGAACUGGGGACACCUGGUAACCCUAUCUUAGACUACAUAUCCGUUUUGCUGAUGAAAUGGAGCGCACACUCUGUUUUGUGAUCAAGGAUGGCAAAACUGUAGCUCUCCAGAUCUUUGGUGGACUACGGCUCCCAUCGUUCCUGGCCAUUGGCCAUGCUGGCCAGGGCUGAUGGGAGUUGUAGUCCACCACUUCUGAAGAGCCACAGGUUCCCCAUUCCUGCAGAUGAUUGGGGCAGAUCUGGGUUUGACUGGGGGGUAGUUUGGCCCUGAGUGACCCUUGUCCAAGCUGAGUUGUUGGGAAAGGCCUUGCUCUUUAUUAUUUUGCCCUUACAGAAGAAACAAUUGCAGCCUCAUAAACUUUCCCGGAUCAUAAGCCAAGCGAAUCACUAGUUCCCACCAGAGACUUCCCUUGCCACUGGCAGAAGUGUUAACAUUCCCUUGAACAGGAGCAAAGGUCAUCUACUUUAUAACUACACAGAGAGAAAACGUUUGGGGAAGAAAUAACCAAGCCAGCUUAUUAUGCGCACACAAAACCCAAGUGACCCCCCAAGUCAUAUUUGACCGAAGCAUUUUUUGUUGUUUACAGCAGGGCAAUUCAACUGCUUUGGUGGCUGGUGCGCAAUGGGACUGAUAAGGCAGAAGGCAGGGAGACCAACAGUAGGUGGCGCUGCAGGCAAUGACAGGCAGAGCCAACCAAUUCUAGUUUUGUCCCUGCUGAGUUCUGCAAGGGGUAACACUGAGACGAAGGAGGAAGAAGCUGACAGGCCUCUUGGAUUUGUUGUAAAUAAGGAGGCAGGUGCAUGGGGGCUGGUUGAGGGCCGUGCCCCCUAAUAAACCAGCCUCUACUGCAAUGGUUUCCAAACUUUUUCAGGCCACUGCCCUUUGGCUUCAUAAACUCAUCCCCAGUGCCCCCUGAAGGAGCGUCUCCACCCCCUCGUUCUGCCUGGACACUGAGGUCCAGCUCCGAGGGCCUUCUGGCAGUUCCCUCACUGUGAGAAGCGAGGGCCUUCUCGGUAGUGGCACCCACCCUAUGGAACGCCCUCCCCUCAGAUGUCAAGGAAAUAAGCAACUAUCUGACUUUUAGAAGACAUCUGAAGGCAGCCCUUUUAGGGAAGUUUUUAAUGUCUGAUGUUUUAUUGUGUUUUUAAUAUCCUGUUGGAAGCCACCCAGAGUGGCUGGGGAGGCCUGGCCAGAUGGGCGGGGUAUAAGUAAUAAAUUGUUGUUGUUGUUGUUGAUCCCCAUAAAAAGCAUUCUUCAGAACAGCGGUUUGCACAAUCCGCUAUGGAAGAUAAUAGCACAGUAAGAUUCAAAACAGUAGCAAUCAAUUGCACAUUUAUUCAAGGUCCAAUUAAAAUGAUUUAGUUUAAUUUUCAGCUGUGGACCACCCACAUGGCCCUCCUGCUUUCAACGUCUAAAGCAUACCAUCAUCCUCAUCAUUAUUAAUUUAUUAGUUGAUUUACUUCCGAAAGCGACUCAAACAAGCCACUAAAAUGGUUAGUCUAUGCAAAUCAACCACAAGUACUUGAAACUCUUCGAACGAAGAGCUGACUAUUGCUAUUAUUGUAAUAAUUUCUUAGUUGCUUUGCUGACAAGUGACUCAAACGAGCCACUGAAAUGUUUAAAAAGUAUGCCAAUAAAAGGCAGGUCUUUCAUAACCGACCCCUCUAAAAACAACCACAAGUGCUCAAAACCCUUCCAGUUAUGAGCUAAAAGAAGAGUUUUUGCUUGGUGUCUAAAAAUAGAUAAAAGGAGGCCCCAGGUGAGUCAGCCUUAGGGAGAGCAUUAGGCAGUCUAUCCAUAGCAUACAAUCUUGGUUCUGUAUCCAGGGCUGGCUCUGGGGCCUGGGGCAAAGUGCCUUCUUGUGAGCCUCCUCUUCUGUUGGUGGGACCUGGCGGGCUUACCUGGCGUUGGCGAGAGACAGCGGCACCAUUUUAACUCGCACUAGCUGCCCUUUUUGCGGGACGUGGGUGGCGCUGUGGGUUAAACCACAGAGCCUAGGGCUUGCCGAUCAGAAGGUCGGCGGUUCAAAUCCCCAUGACGGGGUGAGCUCCCGUUGCUCAGUCCCAGCUCCUGCCAACCUAGCAGUUCGAAAGCACGUCAAGGUGCAAGUAGAUAAAUAGGUACCGCUCCGGCGGGAAGGUAAACGGUCGUUUCCGUGCGCUGCUCUGGUUCGCCAGAAACAGCUUAGUCAUGCUGGCCACAUGACCCAGAAGCUGUACGUCGGCUCCCUCGGCCAAUAAAGCGAGAUGAGCGCCGCAACCCCAGAGUCGGCCACGACUGGACCUAAUGGUCAGGGGCCCCUUUACCUUUUUAGCUGCCCUUUUGAUGUCUCAUAUUGCCCAGAGAGACACUGCCUAGGGCAGGCUUCCUCAAACUCAGCCCUCCAGAUGUUUUUGGCCUACAACCCCCAUGAUCCCUAGCUAGCAGGGCCAGUGGUCAGGGAUGAUGGGAACUGUAGCCUCAAAACAUCUGGAGGGCCUAGUUUGAGGAAGCAUGGCCUAGGGGCACUGUGGAAAAUUUAAAAUGGCCGCUGGACCCAGCCACUAGAUGCUGCUCACAGUACCAGGUUAGGGAGGAGGGAUUAAAGGGGGCUCCAGAAGAGACGUCAGCAAUGCCCCCCACCCAAGUGCACUGAGACCCCAAAAACUGCCCAAGGAAGUUGGGUACUGACGCCGAACCUCUCUGUAACACAGCUCUUCUUUGCUUUCAGAUCACAAUCAUCGAGGGCCAUUCUCAGGACAUCAUCCCACAGCUGAGGGAAAAAUAUCAGGUGGACAAGGUCGAUUUUGUCUUUCUGGACCACUGGAAAGAAAGAUACUGUCCCGACACCAUCCUCCUCGAAGUAAGUUGGAGCGAUGCCUCUCUGGAAAUUAAGAGAUUCCAUAUUCCUGGUGUGGACCACACACAGUGGUCUGAACUCUCAUGUGGCCUAGAGCCUGCUAGAUUUUGUCUUUCAUUUUGGUCUUCCGAAAGACCAAAGGCGAUGGAAGUUCAGAGCACCUGGAGUCAAAAACAUCUGGACGUCACCAGCUUGGGGAGGGCUGAGUUAGACUGCCUUGCAUCCUUUGAGAGGGAGAAGCUAUCAGCUUGCUAGCUAGGGGCCUUGCAUUCAUUUUUUAAGGAGUCCCAUUUGUUUUAGCUAUGAAAACAAAUGGGAAUUCAAAUGAACGAGUUCCAAAUGAAAAUUACCUUUGUUUUUCAUUGGUUUCUACGGGGAUGAAAACAGUGAAAGAGUUUGAAGCAGGUGUAAAGGGCACAGCAAGAUUUUAGGAAGACACCAGGGGUGGAGGGUGUGGGAGAACAGUAAAACUGACGGAGCUAAAAAUGGGGUCCACAAAAUGGGGUCCUGCCUGCACCCAGCCAAGGGAAGGUGGUAUCAUCACAGAAUGCCUAGAAAACACAGAAGUUAGAGGCAGCAGAAGUCUGGCCAGGUCUCCCAUUCAAGCCAUAAAGCGAACAACAAAUGGAAGUAAUGCAAAAAGUACAGUUCAAGCCAGUGUAGAAACAAAACAAACUUGCCCAGCCCACUUCCAAACUUCCACAUUUCCACUUCCAACCAUAUUAGAUAAGAGAUGGAAAGAAGAUGAAGCCCCUCCCAGCGAAGAAUGGCAGAUUAAGUUGAUGGAUUAUGCCGAAGUGGCAGAAAUGAUGGAAAGAAUCAGAAGUCAGGAAGACCAAAAUCUUAAUAAGGAAUGAGGGAAAUUUAUAACUUAUCUUAAAGACCAUUGCAAACAGUUAAAAUCAUUAGUAGGAUUGGAAUAUCGCUUGUAGUUUAAUGGUGAAUUUUGGACACAAUGGAGAGGUAAAAGAUUUGGGUUAGUAUAAUAAAAGAUGCGGGAGGAAAUGAUUAACAAUAGGACCCACAAAGGGGAGGAGGGAAGUCCAAGAGAUUCCUUGGAAUCUCGUUUUUAUGUGGUAGAUCUUCCGAACAUCUCCUUGAAGAACUUCUGGGAUUCUUCAAAAUGAAGUAAAGACCUCCCUUAGAGUGGUAGGACCACUCUCAAGAGAGAGCUAAUCGUCUAUCUCCUGUCUCUUUUCUCAGGAAUGUGGCUACCUAAGGAAGGGCUCCAUCCUUCUGGCGGACAACAUCGUCUACCCAGGGGCUCCAGAUUUCAUCAAGUACAUCCGUAGCCACAAAAGCUUUGACUGCACUAACUACCCCUCUCACCUGGAGUACAUGAAAGUGGAGGACGCAAUGGAAAAGGCCGUUUACAUGGGAUGAGAGUGAGAGUAUUAAAACCUUAGUGUCAAGCCACUGCUUGUAUGUGUGAGCACACACCGUAGUCCUGUCUGUGGGUCGGCGUUAGCUUUCUGUAGUUUUGGGCUUGUGGCUAAAGCGAAUUUGUCACAGUAGAAGAAGUUGCAAAGAAGGCAAGUCAGCAGGAGAACAAGGGAGCUUCUGUUAUGGUCAACUGAGACCCACUGAAAUGAAUGAACAUGGCCAACCUAGGUUCAUUGAUUUCAGUGGGUAUACCCAGAGUAGACCCUAGCAGGAUACAACCCCUUGUGUAUAAAUAGGCUAGGCAGCUAAGGAUCCAUCCGGAGGUGAUGGGCAGUUUUGUUACAUUUCCAUUUUAGUGAAUGACCAUUUUCAUUGAUGGACUGCACCUAUUGGAUUUUCUGCUUUUUAACCAAGAAUGCCAAAGCCCAGUGGCUCGCUUUGUGUUUCUCAGCCAAACAAGACCAAACUGCCUUUGGAGACAGACAUAAAAGGGGUAUUUCUGGGGGGGGGGGAUAUGGGGGAAAGCAAUGAACAGUCAGACCCAUCUCCUUCCUACGCAGUGGCCAGAAGCGACAUGAGAAUUGCAAACUGGGAGGCAGAGUCUGUUCCAUAGUAAGCAGCAGGGGCUGGAUGUGGCUGUGACAAGACUAGUCAUUGCACUGCAAGCCAUAUAUGCACAGUGCAAUUUAAGCUUACAAAUUGGUCCAUUUCCUGCCCCUGCUGGUUUUGGAAAGGAGAAAUGGGAGCCCCUUCUGUCACUUUAGUCGCCUUCCAACAUGUGGAAGGCAAUGUCUUCCCCCUUCCCAUUUUGGAACCCUGGAUUCGAAAACAGACUAAGAAUCUCAACGCACAGAAAAAGUUCUCAGCUUCAUAUGGUCACAACCCACAAGUUUGAGGGGCGCUGACUGAAAGAGCAGUGGAAGGUAGAAGGUCAGAGCACUUGUACUCGGCCCCGCUCCCUCCCUCCCGGAAACCCUACUGGGUUCCUACUGCCUGACAAGAGCUUCUUCCUGUAAAGCCUUCAGAAUGUGGAUAGACAAGCAAGCAGGUUCAAACUGGCAAUCUGGAAGGUAUACUUUGGCAGGUCCAGUGGUUCAGCAAAUCCACACUUUUACUGAGCCACUGGAAGCAUCAAAACGCAGCUCUCUUCGAAAAUCCAGUCUUCUCUGCAUUUUUACACCAACCAAAAAUAGCAUAAGAUAGAUAAGAUAAAACUUUAUUCGCAUUAGCCAAUGGCCAUAGCAACAGUAAAACACUACAGUAUACGCAGAAAAGGAAAUUUGGUAUAAGAGCACAAUUAAAAGUCCUGAAUCAGCCGUCAGUUAGUGUCCCUUAUUCUGAUUGCCCCUGCUAUGAACCUAGCAAUCUUUGCUGUUAUCUGCUCAUUUUGAUCUGAUAGAAGAAAGGACAUUGUGGCAAUGGUUGAGCGCCCUGGGAUGGUUAGUACGAGUGGGGUGAUGAUCUCGUUCCUCAGGUCUUUGUAGAGAGUACAAGACAGGAGGACGUGUGCCGCUGUUUCGGUGCUGCCAUCUCCACAGGGGGGCAAAGACGUUUCUCAGGCGAGAUCUUUUGGAUUUGACCCUCAAGUGGCAAAACAUCCAGGCUUGCAAGUGUAAAAGCACAUCUGUAUUUUGGGAUAAUACGUUUGUCAAAAAUAGCAUAUAUUCAGCAAGCGUGUGCGCAAAAAUGGGUCCAUUAAUGAAAAGAACGUUGACAAAUAUGUAAUGUUACAGAAAGUGCAUCCUUUUAUUAAGAGCUUCUCCUCUCCCUAAUACACGUUUGCUGAGGGUUCACCUUCCUGCUCAUGGUUUUCUCAUUUACUCUGAAACUGCCUGUCGCUUAUCAUUUUUAAAACUCAAAAAGAGUGUUGGUUUCUUAGGUUGAAGAUAUACAGUGGUGCCCCGCAAGACGGAAAACCCGCUAGACAAAAGGGUUUUCCGUUUUGGAGGUGCUUCGCAAAAUGAAUUUCCUAUGUGCUUGCUUCGCAAGACGAAAAUGUCUUGCGAGUUCCUGCGGGGGUUUUUUCCUUCCCCCCCCCCUUUUCCCAAGCCGCUAAGCCGCUUAUCAGCUGAUCGGCUAAGCCGCUUAACAGCUGAUCGCUAAGCCGCUUAUCAGCUGAUCAUUAAGCCGCUUAUCAGCUGAUCGUUAAGCCGCUUAACAGCUGAUCGCUAAGCCGCUUAUCAGCUGAUCUGCUAAGCCCGCUAAGCCGCUAAUACUGUAGCGCUAAUCCGCUAAACCGCUAAUGGGCUUGCUUCGCAAGACGAAAAAACCCGCAAGACGAAGAGACUCGCGAAACGGAUUCUUUUCGUCUUGCGAGGCACCACUGUACCACUAAACAUAUACCAGUUGGGGCCGUGGACACUGUUGUUGUCCCCACCCUCCUGAACAGAUUUUUGAGGGAAUUUGGACAAAAUUACCUCCCCUGUGUUCCCAUUAGUGCAUGGGUUGGGGAUCUGGUGGUCUUCCGAACGGUGUCGGGACCUCCCACCUCCCACCAGUCCCAGCCAGCAUGCCCAAUGGUCAGGGAAGAUGGGAGUUGCAGCCCAGUGACAUCUGGGGAGAGGUUAUACUGCUGCCUUGUAAACAGAUUAAAUGAAAAAAUAAAUGCUUGGAUUUAUGGUGGGUCCUUCGUCUGAACUGAUUGACGAUGACCUUCAGGGUCCCUUCCAACUCCCUUUGAUUCUAUGAAUUCUUACCACGUUGUAGUAAUUGCAGAAAGAGAAGCCGCUUCUUUCUACUAAAGGCCCAGAAUGUGCAGGUGACAAAGACCCUGAUGGAGGUGUAGCUGUUCUUCACUUUUAUCUCUUUGGGCAUUGCUUGUAAACCAAGGGAAUCCUUCCGGAAUGAUCCGUGGGAAAUUCAUGUUGCUACAGUUGAUAGUCGUGCUCCCAUUGGUUGAGCUGUCGUUUGUGUUCUGCACUGUAAAAUUGCUGAGUGAUUUCCUCACUUCCCAAGGUGAGAGGGACCAAUGCAGAGAGAGUGAUGAUGUCUCUCCUCAAAGCUUUCAAUAAAUCCCCUGGCUGUGUACUCCCUCUUGCAGGUCCCAAAGGGCGUAUAUAAUUCAGAUUUAUAAAUUAAAAAAUAGAUUUACCCACCCACCCAAAGAGAACCAUUUGUGUAAUUUGCCAUUCUUGCAUCACUCAUGCCUGUACUCUUUUAUAAAUUCUCAACGUUAUUGCAGACUCUCUUAUAUAUCA